CACAACCUCCUAUCAGGCCAACCGUGUUGGCUAGCAUUGCAGCCAACGAACGCUCGUCCAUCUGUUCAGCAACUCAAUGCUCCACUCGAUACCCAACGGACGCACGUUUAUCAUUACAAUCCAGCAUCCCUCGACAUCGGAUAUCCAGCCAUUAACUAG